CGCCGCAGCGGCGAUGGGAGCGGUGGGGACGAGGCGGCGGCGGCGGCGGCAGGAGGAGGAGCAGAGGCUGGCACAAGAGCAGCGGCUGGGGGCGGCCACCAGCAGCAACAACAGCAGCAGCCGCCGCCGCCGCCGCCAGUAAAGGCGGACAGUACCCGAGGGGACUACCCGGCUGGCCGGCCGGCCCGCGAAGCCGCGCUCGGGUCCCGCCGCAGUGGGCGGCGGGGGAUGGGCAGGCGGCGGCGGUCCCGCCUGCUGAGGGUUGGCCCCUGCCGGUCCCGGGUCUGAGCUGGACCGGAGCCCUCAACCCGAAAUCCCUGCGUCCGUCACGGCCCAGGUUAAAUGGAAACCACCCUUGGGAGCUAGAUGCCUGUGUAGCUGUUCUACCACAUCAGUGUUUUGCAAUGAGUGGGGGAGGAGAGCAGCCGGAUAUCCUCAGUGUUGGAAUCCUAGUAAAAGAAAGAUGGAAAGUGUUGAGAAAAAUUGGGGGUGGGGGCUUUGGAGAAAUUUACGAUGCCUUGGACAUGCUCACCAGGGAAAAUGUUGCACUGAAAGUGGAAUCAGCUCAACAACCAAAACAAGUUCUGAAAAUGGAGGUUGCUGUUUUGAAAAAACUACAAGGGAAAGACCAUGUUUGUAGAUUUAUUGGCUGUGGGAGGAAUGACCGAUUCAACUAUGUGGUCAUGCAAUUACAGGGUCGGAAUCUGGCAGAUCUUCGCCGUAGCCAGUCCCGGGGCACAUUCACCAUUAGCACUACUCUUCGCCUGGGUAGGCAGAUUCUGGAGUCCAUUGAAAGUAUCCAUUCAGUGGGAUUCUUGCACCGAGACAUCAAACCGUCAAACUUCGCCAUGGGUCGUUUUCCUAGUACAUGUAGAAAGUGUUACAUGCUUGAUUUUGGCUUGGCUCGACAAUUUACCAAUUCCUGUGGUGACGUCAGACCACCUCGAACUGUGGCAGGCUUUCGAGGGACAGUUCGUUACGCAUCAAUCAAUGCUCAUCGGAACAGGGAAAUGGGAAGACAUGAUGACCUUUGGUCCUUAUUCUACAUGUUGGUUGAGUUUGUGGUUGGUCAGCUGCCUUGGAGGAAAAUAAAAGACAAGGAGCAAGUAGGCUCUAUCAAAGAGAGGUAUGACCAUAGGCUCAUGUUGAAACAUCUCCCUCCAGAAUUCAGCCUCUUUCUGGACCAUAUCUCAUCUUUGGAUUAUUUUACAAAACCAGACUACCAGCUUCUUACAUCCGUGUUUGAAAAUAGCAUCAAGACCUUUGGAGUAAUUGAGAGUGACCCUUUUGACUGGGAGAAAUCUGGAACUGAUGGCUCCCUAACCACCACCACCACUUCUACCACCCCUCAGUUGCACACCCGACUGACUCCUGCUGCAAUUGGAAUUGCAAAUGCCACUCCCAUCCCAGGAGACUUGCUUCGAGAAAAUACGGAUGAGGUGUUUCCAGAUGAACAGCUUAGUGAUGGGGAGAAUGGCAUUCCUGUUGGUGUGUCACCAGAUAAGUUGCCUGGAUCUUUGGGACACCCUCGUCCCCAGGAAAAGGAUGUCUGGGAAGAGAUGGAUGCCAACAAAAAUAAGAUAAAACUUGGAAUUUGUAAGGCUGCUACUGAAGAGGAGAACAGCCAUGGUCAAGCCAAUGGUAUUCUCAAUGCUCCAAGUCUUGGUUCACCAAUUCGAGUCCGCUCAGAGAUUACUCAGCCAGAUAGGGAUGUUCCAUUGGUGCGAAAAUUACGUUCCAUCCACAGCUUUGAGCUGGAAAAACGUCUGACACUGGAACCAAAGCCAGAUACUGACAAGUUUCUCGAGGCCUGCUUGGAGAAAAUGCAGAAAGACUCAAAGGAAUCUGUUCUCCCUGCUCUGCUUCAUAAGCCUUGUGUCCCUGUUGUAUCCCGUACUGACCACGUCUGGCACUAUGAUGAAGAAUAUCUUCCAGAUGCCUCCAAACCUGCCUCUGCCAAUACUCCUGAGCAGGCAGAUGGUGGUGGCAGCAAUGGAUUUAUAGCUGUUAACUUGAGCUCUUGCAAGCAGGAAGUCGAUUCCAAAGAAUGGGUGAUUGUAGACAAGGAACAAGACCUUCAAGAUUUCAGAACAAAUGAGGCUUUAGGACAUAAAACAACUGGAAGCCCUUCUGAUGAGGAGCCUGAAGUGCUUCAGGUCUUGGAGGAAUCACCUCAAGAUGAAAAGCUCCAAAUGGGCCCUUGGGCAGAAAACAAUCAUUUAAAGAAGGAAACCUCAGGUGUGGUCUUGGCGUUUUCGGCAGAGUGCCCUGCUACUGCUGUUUCAGAACAAUACACAGAUAGACUGGAACUCCCGGUUGGAGCUGCUAGUCAGUUUAUUGCAGCAACACCCACAAGUCCAAUGGAGGCACAAGCAGAAGGACCCCUUACAGCGAUUACAAUUCCUAGACCUUCUGUGGCAUCAACACAGUCAACUUCAGGAAGUUUUCACUAUGGUCAACAGCCAGAGAAAAAAGAUCUUCAGCCCAUGGAGCCCUCUGUAGAACUUUAUUCUCCAAGGGAGAACUUCUCUGGCUUGGUUGUGACAGAGGGUGAACUUCCUAGUGGAGGAAGCAGAACAGAUUUGGGGCUUCAGAUAGAUCACAUUGGUCAAGACAUGUUACCUGAUAUUAGGGAGAGUGACAAAUCUCAAGACCUGGGACCAAAAGAUCUUCCUGACUAUAAUAGACUGGUUGUAAGAGAAUUUGAGAAUCUCCCUGGGGAAACUGAAGAGAAAAGCAUUCUUCUAGGGUCAGAUAAUGAAGAUGAAAAGUUAAGUAAAGGGCAGCAAUGUAUUGACAUAUCUCUUCCAGGAGAUUUGGUAACUGUGGAAAGGGAUCAUUCUGCUACUACUGAACCUCUUGAUGUGACAAAGACACAAACUUUUAGUGUGGUGCCAAAUCAUGACAAAAAUCAUGAGAUAAUGAAGCUUUUGGCAAUUGGCACUUCAGAAAUUUCUUCAAGAGUCAUUGAUCCACAUGUUGAAGGACAGAUAGGCCUAUCUAAGAAUAAUCACAUUAAGAAGAGUGAAGACUUGCCAGGUCAUCAGGGAGACCUCUCUACUUUUUUGCACCAAGAGGGUAAGAGAGAGAAAAUUGCCCCUAGAAAUGGAGAACUAUUUCAUUGUGUUUCAGAGAAUGAACAUGGUCCCCCAACUCGGAAGGAUAUGGUUAGGUCAUCCUUUGUAACUAGACAUAGUCGAAUCCCUGUUUUAGCACAAGAGAUAGACUCAACUUUUGAAUCUUCCUCUCCAGUUUCUGCAAAAGAAAAGCUCCUCCAGAAGAAAGCUUAUCAGCCUGACCUAGUCAAACUCCUGGUGGAAAAAAGGCAAUUCAAGUCUUUCCUUGGUGACCUCUCAAGUGCCUCUGAUAAGCUAUUAGAGGAGAAACUAGCUGCUGUUCCUGUUCACUUUUCUGAGGAGGAAGUCUUCACUCCAUUUUCAAAACUGGCAGUAGAUUCUCACCUGAGUAGGUCAGCUGAAGACAGCUUUCUGUCACCCAUUAUUUCCCAGUCAAGAAAGAGUAAGAUUCCAAGGCCAGUUGCUUGGGUCAACACAGAUCAAGUCAAUAGCUCAACUUCAUCUCAGUUCUUGCCUCGACCACCACCAGGAAAGCCACCUACAAGGCCUGGAGUAGAAGCCAGGCUACGAAGAUACAGAGUUCUAGGGAGUAGUAACUCAGACUCAGACCUCUUCUCCCGGCUGGCCCAAAUUCUUCAAAAUGGAUCUCAGAAACCCCGGAGCACUACUCAGUGCAAGACCCCUGGAUCUCCUCACAAUCCAAAAACACCACCCAAGAGUCCAGUUGUCCCUCGAAGGAGUCCCAGUGCCUCUCCUCGAAGCAGCUCCUUGCCUCGCACAUCAAGUUCCUCACCAUCUAGGGCUGGGAGGCCCCAUCAUGACCAGAGGAGUUCAUCCCCACACCUGGGGAGAAGCAAGUCACCUCCCAGCCACUCAGGAUCAUCCUCUUCCAGAAGGUCCUGCCAGCAGGAACAUUGCAAACCCAGCAAGAAUGGCCCAAAAGGAUGUGGCAGUCUCUACCACCACACAGCCAGCACUAAAACCCCCCCAGGGAAGAGUAAGCCAGCCAGUAAACUCAGCAGAUAGGAGCUGGGCUGCCUGUCUGGGAAAGGUGUGAGAUCUUCCUCCUAAACCUGAUGCAUGUGUGUCUCUGUACUGUCUAUUUAAAAAAUCAGUGUUGAUCUUUUGGAAAAGAAAGUAACAUGAUCAAUUAUUUAUAAGAAGACAUAAAUGUAUAAUAAGGAUUUACCUAAAGCAAGUAGCAAGCAGAUCAGGAACAAUGCCUUUUGCAUAGGAAGGGGCAUCCAGCAAAAUCCAAGGGGCAGAAACUCAUUAAAUGAACUUUCACAACUUUUAGCUGACUUUGAAACAACAGUUGAGGGUAGAAGAUAGAAUGGAAUUUUACUUUUAAGGAAUUUCAUUUAAUUUUUAAAACCUCUACUCAAAAGAUUAUAUAGAAAAAAUGUUUGAUAUUUUCAUUCAAAUCUUCUGAACCUUGAAAUCAUUGCUCAUAUAUAUUAGAGUAUAUAUAUAUGAAGCUUAUUGCCAGGGAGCCAGUACUCUUUAUAUUUGGCUUGUGUGUUUAUCUAGUGUAUUGAGAAUGUACCCCUUUGCUUCAUUCCUAGCACCCUUCCUGGAUUUCACAUCUUUUUAAGUCGGUGUUUCCUACUGAAUCUAAUCUGUCUUCUUUUAACAAUACAUUCUAAUAGACAUUUAACAGCACAUGCUGAGAAUUUCACAAAUUUCACAAUUCCCUUUUUUUUUUUUUUUUUUUAGUGCGCUAAUAAUAUUUUUCUUUGGAGCAACAGUUCUUUAACCCAGUACAUUUUUAUUAUGAAAAAUAACUGAGAAACUUAGGUACAGGAAACAAAAAUCUGACUAAAGCUACUUACUUUACAAGCUUUAGUUUUUAGGGAUAGAGGGAAAGAGAGUGAGGUAACAUCUUUGAAGAUGGAAGGAACCCCUUUACAAUCUGUUAAGUGUUCUCCUUGUGGAAGGAAAACUCAGUGAAGUUAGUAGGCUUCCUUAGGUCUUCUAGGUACCAGCUCUUUCUAAUAUCAACCUCCAAGAUGAUAUUAGGGAAGCACAAUGCUUUGGAAUGUGACUUUAUGCAUUUAGAAAGAAAAACAAAAACAUUGGGUGUGUUAUGGAGGCUUAUAAUCUUUAAAUUUUAUAUUUUAUACAUUUAGCUAAUAAGGAAUGAAUAUUUGGGGAAAUAAGAUUAGGCUAAGUAUUUUUCUUUCAUUGUUUUAUUACCUGCUUCUGUGUUUUUUAGUUCAAUAGUUGGGCUUCUUGGCCUGAUUCCCAUGUAAUCUCAAUUUAUGAAACUAAGGAGGAUCAUAUUUGUUCUAAUCUCCUCUGCUAAUAGGAAUCAAGCAAAAUUAAAGUAUACUAGACUUUUAAUGGGCUCUUUUAUACUCUGUAGGUGUUUUGUGUUGAAAAGACCUUAUUAAGGUCAGGUAAUUUGUUCUGUUUGCUGUUGAAAUUUGCCUUCUAGCAAAUAUCUGAGUUUUCUCUUUGACCUUGUGUUUGCUGCCAAACCUAAUAGGUUGAAUUGGAAAAGAAACAAAAAAAGAAAUGUUAUCUCCCCACCAAGUGAACACAUUCUAAUGCUGCAUCAAAGUUGCCCUGAAGCUGCACUGAACCUAUCUUGUUCUCUUUAUCUGUGUUGAGCUUUUUAACAUACAAACUCAAAACACUAUAUUGAGGCAUAUAAGGUCUCCCAUAAGAAAUGUAGCAUAGUAUGGAAUCUUAAUUUCUCUCCAGUUUCAAGCACUACAGAGGAAUGCAGUAGAUAAGACAAUUUGCUGUUUAUCUAAAGCAGCUGUAAUAUUGAAAGACUGAUCUUUCUGUAUUAUAUUGUAUAAUAGUUGCUAUAACACUACUUGCAUGUCUUCAUGGUAAAUUAUAUAAAUAUUUAUAAAUAUAUAUAGACAUAUGCUUAUAAAAAGUCAUUCUUUCUCAUUCUCCAUUUGUAAUUUCAAGAUCACAGAUGGUGAAAUUUCUUUUCUAUUGUGUGCCUCAUGUACACUUGGGCCUUGUCUAACUUCAUUUUCUGAAAAUAUGUUCUUGGCAUGUGACACCUUAGAUUUUUCUUGCCUUCCCUGUGUGUAAUGCAAGGGUUGGUGGUCUUUAACAAGCCAAGAUAGCUAAUUUAAUUGUUUUUGAAAAAGAUUUUAAUAGGGGAAAAAUGACUGGGACAUGCUUGUAAUACUGUUCAAAGAUUUGUUAUGUUAAUCACAUAGUUCUGUCCUUAUCAUUAGAGUAGAUAGACUGGGAUUAUAAUCAUGGGUCUGAUUAUAAUUUGAUUUUUAAAACAUUUCCAAAUACUUGCCAUCCUGCUUUCUUUUUUUCACAUUACUUUUUUUGGGGGGAGUGAGAGUGGGAUGGGGGAUAAUUAGGAAAUUAUCUUUUAUUCUAUUGAAUUAGCUAUAAAUUAUGCUAAAAGUAGACAAAUUUAAAUACUGACCCCUCUAGUCAGAAAUGUGCUAAUAGUACCCAUUGGAAAAGCUGAUGAGGGUACAACUCUGGUAUGUGGGUCUGUGUUAUUGUUGGCAUUUCUAUGCUGGCAGUCAAAAAUGAUGGUGAUGGCAACAUGAUAACAGGAUGUUUUCUUUUUUUCUUGGUUCCUUCUGUUUUUCUACCAAUCUUUACACUGGGUUGCUUCUUUAUUUCUAUGUGGCAUUAACAAACUCAUCAAGAUUCAGAGAUAACAGCCUUAUUGGGUAAGAAUAUUUAACUUUGCAUGUAGAAGAGUUAACCAAAGAUGUUUCUGCUCUGAUACUUUCAAAAGAAAUAGACUAAUCUUAUGUUCUAAUAGGUCCAUUUUUACAUACUAUCCUUAUAUAAAGAGAUUUACUUAACGGUUUUUAAAAGCAUAGUUUGUACUUUUAGAUGUUAGAUGUAUCUUAGGCUAAAAAUAGAAGUUGACAGCCCUGAGCAAGCACUUUUAGCACAAGAAUUUUUGUUUUUAUUUUAUUUUAAAGUAUUAUACAAAGAACAAUGUUUUUGUUUGGUUUUGGGGGUUUUUCCCCCUUUAUUUUGGGGUUUUUAAGUGGUGGCAUAUUUCAGAUUACAGUUACAGAUCAUCCAAGUUAUUUUAUUUUAUUCCAAGUAAUUUUAAACCAGUUUGGCCAUUAACUAAAAAGUCAAACCAAACUGUAUUAAAAGUAUUAUUGGGCAGAAGUUUGAAUUACCUUUUGAAAAUCAAGUACCUCCUGGUUUCUCCUAUCACAACAGAAUGGCUGGUUACCUAGCCACAUUUUUGACCUUGCCUUCCCUUGUCUAGUCUCUGGGAUUACUUGGGUGGAAUAGAAGAUAGGAAUAGCACCAGCCCAAUGCCUUCAGGUAGUAUUCUUUCUCAGUUAUGCUGCCAGAUCUCCAGGGUCUAUGAAUUAGUUAAAAUCAGCUUAAAGACAUUUAACUUUAAUGGAUAGUGAACAAAGAAGGAAAACUGGAUAUCAAAUUUAACAUUAUAGACAUAAAUUAUAAGUCAACUUUGACUAUUAGGCCUUCAGCAGGCAGACACUCUCAUUCUCAAUUCUGGUACACAAGCUGGCCUUGCUGACAGUGGCACAGAUACAUUUAUUGCUUUUUAAGUUGCAUGUUUUGGAGUGGAUGUCUUUAAUAAUAGUUGCCAAGUUAAUCAAGUCCUAAAUAAGUAGCAAAAUGGUAAUUGAGACCCAAUAUUAUUUGCUUUAGCAAUACUAAGCCACUGCUUACUGACUCAGUGUUCUAGAUGUGCAGUAUCUCUUGUCUGAUUCCUAGCUGCUAUGGGAACUUGAGGUUCCUUGGUAAACACCUGAGACUCCUUCCAGACUACAGAUUCCUAGAGCUAAUGUUUUAUAGUUGCAUCCGCUUUGCAAGGGAAAAGUUGUACAUUGGUGCAUGUUUUACAAACCCAAACUCAGAUAGUUAAAACCAUAGUUUUUCUGUACCCAGUAGCUUUGAAUUAAAAACAGAUGCCUUUUUCCCAAAAGCAGACAGUUUUAUGUUCCUAACCUAACAUUAGGAAUUGGUGAAAGGAGAAACUGGAUCCAGAAUUCAGAAUUUUAGCAACUUUGGGAAAAAAAAUGCAUCUUACUUUGGCUGUUUGAAAAUAUAUUUAUUUGUAGAUAAUCUAGAUUUAGUCUUGGAGGUCAAAAUUUUUCAUAUUUUAAGAAUUUAUUUCAUUCCUUUAAAUCUUAUCAAAACAUGGUAUGUCUUAGAGAAUCCCUCUGUCAUGUCAUGUUCAUGUGUUUUGGAAUUGUUGGCAUUCACUCUUAAAAUCUUCCCAUUUCUGUUUUUGUGCAUUUUACCACCCAUAUUUUUGGACUUUGCUUAUGGGGAGAGAUGGUUUAGCAUCUGUUAUUAAGAAGAUAGAAGGGUUGACAUCAACUGCACUGUUUAACUUUGUUGAGUUUAGUUCUACAGAUAGUAUAUUAGCAAAAUAGCUACUUGUCUAUGAUUUGACACAAAGUAUUAUAGGAUUAGGGCAUGUAAUUACUAUGGUUUUCCCUCUAUGUCAGUAUAUACCCCAAUUCAGUAACCACUGAUGCUGGUUUAGACUCUUAGAGAAGGAGUUCCAGCCCUCAGACCAUGUGGGAGAUGUAUAGUGCCUGGCAAACCAGGUGGUUGUCAGGACAAUCCCGCUUCUCCUCUGCCCUCACCAAAAGCAAAACAAAAAACCCUUGAGUGUGUACUUUGUGGAUGUGUCAUAUUAUUGGAUAUUUUCUAUAUUUUGGCAAUUUCUUGCAGUCAUGAGAAAUUGCGGAGUCACUGGAGCCUUCAGAAUUUGUUGCCAGCAUUGCUAUAUAACAGGAGUUAUAUAGGGGGAAUUCCCAAGACAUUGGACAAGGAUUCCUAUCCACUUAGAGGAGAAUCUGGAUGCUACACACCUUAAUCUUUGGCUUAUCAAGACAUUUGGUUGUGAUUGUCUACUUCUACUUUAAAAAUAUGUAAGCUUGAUGUUUUAUUUAUUUUCCUUGAGCAAAUUUAGAUCAGAAAAUUAAUGUGAAAAGAUCAGGAUCACUUUAGGUUCCAUAUAAUCUCAAAACACUAAAUAACAACAAAGUAACAUUUUUCAGUAACAAUUUGAAUAUUUCCUUAUACUUAGCAGGCAUGUAACAGAGGUGAAGCCCUUCCUUUCAUUGCCCUGUGUAACUUAACAGGUUACUGCCUCCUCUUUACUUGGAAGUAACAGUGUGGGCAUAGUGUGUACACUGGUAAUGCUAACUAUGUGUUCCAGACCUUGGGCCAAGGGUUCUGGGUUGAGAACAGGAUAUGUGAGGCCCGCUUUGAGCCCCUGGCACUAUAGAUUUGCUGAUGACAUACUUUUACACUAAAAACAGGAAAUUUACCUCCUUUUAGUAGUUUAAUGUUGUUUCAUAUUUUGUAUGUAAAUGUUCACUCACCUAUUUAAAAACAUUGAGUAAAUCAAGUUUUUAUAUAGACUACCCUUCCCAUAUGAUGCUUUUUUCCUCUUAUAUAAUUUAAAUCUCUAAAAAAUUAAUUCAUAGCACUUCACUGGACUCUGUCUGGGUGUUCUUCAUUCACCUACAAGAGGUAACAAGGCAAACAGAGCUUGGCUGUGAUUUAUUUGUGGGGGUUUCCCAGAAAAGGGAAAGCUUUGAGACUUUCCAAAACAAUUUUCAACUAUGCACAACAUAGUGAAAUUAGUUCGCUCAAGUAAAAUGCUUUGAGCCAGAUAAAGGAAUAUAGUGCUGGGCCACUUAGGGAUUUGAAAUUGGGUGGACUGAGGAAAGAGAACAGGUCAGAUGACCCAGGCUUGAACCUUUUUCACUUUUCCCUGAUGCAGUUCCUAAAGCUCCUCUGAUUUCCUAAAAUAGCACCUAUUUUAUUUGGCCAUUUACUUACAAGUUCCCAGCUUUUAGGAAAGGGGAGGGGGCAUCCAGUUUUGAAUUAGAUAUACAUCUUGAAAGUUAUGAGCUAUUGGCAGCUAUUAAAUCAGAUUUAACCACAAAUCAGAAUUCUCUCUUUAAACAAAACCAGUGAGUUAAAAUAGAUGACAAAUAAUUCCACUUUCCUAUACCUCUCUUCUCUUCAUGGGAUCAGAGAUGAGAAAUAUCUCCAAAGGUACUGCAUAGUCCCAUUCCCCUCCAAGCAGAUCCCUUUAUGCAUUUUUGCUCAGGCAACCAAGGACAGAGUAUUGGCAGAAACAUGGAGUGCUUUUGUAUAGGCCAUCUGUACAUAAAAAAUGUAAUUUAUUUAAUUUUAUCAUUUGUAUCAUAUUAAAGCUUUGUACAGUGUUUUAAGUUCUGUUUUAAAAUUAUUUUGUAUUUUAUUUUUAUAAUCUAGUAAUAAAAUAUU